AUGUUGUCCACGACCGUAUAUGUAGGGACGAGCCCUCACGUCCUGCCGCUUGUCGGUGGAAAGCCUCGCAACGGUUUUAUAACCCUUUUGGUGCCCCCGGUUCUGGGUCCUCCGGAAUUCGGACAGUCUGGUACUAGCCAGACGAGAAGAGAGGAAAUAAAACGAUCAUCGAGCACCGUCCGAGCGAUCCCGCCAACAGCCAUGGCGACGACGACGCUCGUCUCCGGCGUGGCCUUUGGCGCGGCCAUGGUCGCCGCCGGCUUCGCCAACCCGGCCGUCGUCGUCUCGCAGAUGAAGUUUGAGUCCUGGCACAUGUUCCAAGCGUUCCUCGCCGCCACCGCCAGCAGCUCGCCGAACAGCGUCAUAUACUCCAUCGCCGAGAAGCUCGGCUACGUCAAGAUCCAGCCGCGCAGCUCCUCCCCGCUCGGCCUCUUCUCCCGCUACGACGGCAACGUCCUCGGCGGCGCCCUGCUCGGCGCCGGCAUGGCCCUGUCCGGCUCCUGCCCCGGCACGCUCUACGCCCAGCUCGCCACCGGCGUCCGCACUGGGUUCUUCGCUCUCGCCGGCGCCCUGGCCGGCGGCGUGCUGUGGACGGGUUACCUCGCGCCCCUCGUCAAGCGCCGCCGCGAGGACGGCGCCAUCAAGCCCGAGUCCGGCGUCAUCAGCGAGACGCUCGGGCUCUCCCGCGCCGCCACCCUCGUGCUCUUCGAGGCGGCCUGCGUCGCCGUCGUCGUCGCCACCGCCGGGGGCGUAAAGUCCACCACCGGCGGCCCUCUCAUCCCCGCGGGCGCCGUCGGCGGGCUGCUCAUCGGCCUCGCGCAGCUCGUCUCCCUGGUCACGCGCCGCACCAUGGUCGGCAUCUCGGGCUCCUUCGAGGACGCCGGCAACCACUUCUGGUGGCUGGUCCGGGACGGCGCCGCCGCGGAGAAGCGCCCGCGCACGUACCAGAACAUGCUCUUCGCGGCGGGCGCCGGCGUCGGCGCCUGGGUCAUCGCCAGGGCGCUGCCGGACUCGGUCGUCUUCGGUGCCGUGGCGGGGCCCCUGCUCGAGGUGCCGCCGCUGCGGGCCGUGUUGGGAGGCGUACUCAUGGGCGUCGGGUCGCGGCUGGCGGGCGGAUGCACCUCCGGCCAUGGCAUCAGCGGCAUGUCGCUGCUGUCGGCCUCGAGCGUCGUCACCAUUGCGAGCACAUUCGGCGCAGGCGCAUUGGUAGCGCCCUUGAUUUACUAA